GAAGAAAGGCAGGUCAGAGGGGCGUCAGGCAAGGUGCUCGUCUUCCAAGCGGUGCUGUUGGCUGCAUCCAUCGACACCCAUGAUCUUGAGUGUCGGUCAACUUUUUGCGUCUUUUUUUGGGGAAAGGCAGCGGUACGAGUAACCUUCAAGAGUGUAGCAGACGGCCGUUGACUACUUCCAAUCAACAGCCGCGAGCCUUGUAUUGGCUCACGACGUUUUCCCAGAGCCGUCGACUCUCCCGCCCCUCUCCCCCCUCCCCCCCAAAUUAUAACCGAUGGACCUCCUUCGGCAGUACAGCGAGGAAGACGAUGAGCCGCGGUCUGCUCACAACGGGGGAUUGACCGAGGAGCCCCCGUCCACAUCAGGCCGGAUGCUAGACGACGAUCGAGAGGCAUCCCCCGAAAUCCUCUCGCUUCCGUCUAAGUCCUCCGCUCCUGUAGUUAGUAGUGCCAUCAUUGUCAAGCACCAGACCGAAAGCGCUGACCCGGGGUUACGGGUCGUCGACCCCUCCAAAAAGCUGGUUAGCUAUAACCCCACGGUUGACCAGCUCUACGCCCCGGUGGUCGGCCCCGCACAUCCCUACGCGAAAGAUGGGUUGGCGAACGGCGCACGGAACCAUAAGCAGGGGGUGGUCGAGGACGCGUUCAUCGCGCCGUUCAAUUUCGACGAGCAGUACAACACGUACCAGACGUUUGGAUAUGCAGCGGACCCGUCGGCUGCGAACGGGGCGCUCGUAGGAGAUGAGACGGCGAUGAAAAGCUAUGACGGGGCCACCGUGUAUAACAUCCCGGCAAGGGAGCAGAAGAGGCGGAAGCUCGAAGCUGCGGCGCAGAAGGAGGGAGAGGAACAGGACGAAGAGGCGGGGAACGUUGCGUCCGAGAAUUGGUUGAAAGCAAAGAGCCCCUGGGCGGGGAAGAAGGAGUAUGUGCAGCCGGAACUUACGGAGGAGCAAAAGAAGUAUGCGGAGGAGCACGCCGCGAAGCAGAAGGGCAAGGAGAAGGGCGACAAGCCGGUCACGGAGGACAAGAGCGUGUUCCACGGGAAGGAGGAGCGGGACUAUCAGGGCCGGUCCUGGAUCGAGCCGCCGAAAGACAUCAAGGCGCAGAACGAGCAUUGCUACAUCCCGAAGCGCUGGGUGCACACGUGGUCCGGGCACACGAAGGGCGUGGCGGCGAUACGCUUCUUCCCAAAGAGCGGGCACUUGCUGCUGUCGGCCAGCAUGGAUACCAAGAUCAAGAUUUGGGACGUGCACGGCAGUGGCAAGUGCAUGCAGACGUACAUGGGCCACUCCAAGGCUGUGCGUGACGUCACCUUCAACAACACGGGCACGCGCUUCUUGAGCGCCAGUUAUGACCGCAACAUCAAGCUGUGGGAUACGGAGACAGGCGCGGUGCUCAAGACCUUCUCCACGGGCAAGGUGCCGUACGUCGUCAAGUUCCAUCCCGACGAGGACAAGCAAAACGUGAUCCUCGCGGGGAUGUCGGACAAGAAGAUUGUCCAGUGGGACACGGAAACUGGCGAGAUUACCCAGGAGUACGAUGAGCACUUGGGCGCGGUGAACACGAUCACGUUCGUGGACGACAACAAGCGCUUCGUGACCAGCAGCGACGACAAGUCGCUGCGCGUGUGGGACUGGAACAUCCCCGUCGUCAUCAAGUACAUCAGCGAGCCUACCAUGCACUCUAUGCCCGCGAUCUCGAUGCACCCCGACGGCAAGUACUUUGCCGCGCAGUCCCUGGACAACCAGAUUCUGAUCUACGGUGCGCGGGACCGCUUCCGGCUCAACCGCAAGAAGGUCUUCAAGGGCCACCUCAACGCGGGCUACGCAUGUCAGGUCAACUUCUCGCCAGAUGGAAGGUUCGUCAUGUCGGGCGAUGCGGAGGGGCGGCUGUUCUUCUGGGACUGGAAGACGUGCAAGAUCUUCCGCACGUUCAAGGCGCACGACCAGGUGACCAUCGGCUGCGAGUGGCACCCCCUCGAGACCAGCAAGGUCGCCACCUGCUCCUGGGACGGCACCAUCAAGUACUGGGACUAAAUUGGGAGAAGGUUCAAGCAAAGCUUACCCCCUCGACCUUUCAUAUCCUAGAACGAAAAGGCCCGAUUAGCAGAGGCUGGCUGCUACCUUGUGUUGAGGCAAUAAAAAGAGUAGGUUUGUUUCCAUGUGAGAUCGUAUGUCAGCCCAAGACUUGGCGG